CUGCCCUCGUUCAAAGUGUGAGUGCAAAGAGGAGACAAGUGAAUAGAAUUCGCAGGGCAAGUACCGGUGGGCAGUACUAAGGCGUGCUUGACUUCUGUCAGCAGGUGAGCAAGUCACAGCAGCCAUGAGUCGCGUGACGUCCACCAAGGUCAACACCACGCCCUUCGAGGGUCAAAAGCCUGGCACCAGCGGCCUUCGGAAGAAGGUCAAGGUGUUCCAGCAGGAGCACUACACCGAGAACUUUAUCCAGAGCGUGCUGUCGGCACUGGGCGACAGGAUUGACGGCUGCACGCUCGUGGUCGGCGGCGACGGCCGCUACCUCGUCAAGGAGGUGGUCGACAUCAUUGUCAAGAUGGCUGGCGCCAACGGGGUGAAGCGUCUGAUCAUCGGCCAGCACGGCGUGCUGUCGACGCCGGCCGUCUCCUGCCUGAUCCGCAAGUACCAGACGAUGGGCGGCAUCAUCCUGACGGCCAGCCAUAACCCGGGCGGCCCCGACGGCGACUUCGGCAUCAAGUUCAACUGCGCCAACGGAGGGCCAGCGCCGGAGUCGGUGACGACGGAGAUCUACAACAUAUCCACCAAGAUCUCCUCCUACAGCAUCGCUUCCGACAUCAGCUGUGAUAUCGAGACGAUCGGCACCACAUCCCACUCGGUGGACGGCCGGCUGUACAUCGUGGACGUGGUGGACUCGGUGGACGACCACCUGCACCUGCUGCGUCAGAUCUUCGACUUUGACGCCGUGCGCCGGCUGCUGACCGGCUCGGACGGCAACGAGCCGCUCCGCAUCCGCAUCGACUGCCUCAACGGAGUGACGGGUCCGUACGCGCGGCGCGUGUUCUGCGACGAGCUGGGCGCGCCGCACGAGUCGGUGGUGCACAGCCAGCCGCUGCCCGACUUUGGUGGCAUCCACCCGGACCCUAACCUCACCUACGCCAAGUCGCUGGUCGACGCCGUCAAGCAGGGCGGCCAGGGCUUCGGCUCCGCCUUCGACGGAGACGGGGACCGCAACAUGAUCCUGGGCGAGGGGGCGUUUUUCGUAAACCCGUCUGACUCGCUGGCCGUGAUCGCCAACAACCUGGACUGCAUCCCGUACUUCAAGCGUCUGGGAGUGCGUGGCCUGGCGCGCAGCAUGCCGACCGGCUGCGCCCUGGACAGGGUGGCCGCCGCCAAGAAGCUCGACCUGUUCGAGGUGCCGACCGGCUGGAAGUUCUUCGGCAACCUGAUGGACGCCGGGCGGCUGUCGCUGUGCGGCGAGGAGAGCUUCGGCACUGGCUCCAACCACAUCCGCGAGAAGGACGGCAUCUGGGCGGCGCUAGCCUGGCUCUCCAUCAUCGCCCAGCGCCAGCAGUCGGUGCAGCAGAUCCUGGAGGCGCACUGGGACGAGUACGGCCGUAACUUCUUCACCAGGUACGACUACGAGAACUGCGAGUCGGGGCCGUGCGAGAAAAUGUACUCCGAGCUGGACCAGCUGGUGAGCGACAGCUCCACGGUCGGCCGCGAGUUCUCCAGCGGCGGCAAGAGCUACACCGUGGCCAAGGCGGACAACUUCUGCUACACCGACCCCGUCGACCAGAGCGUCACCAAGAACCAGGGGAUCCGGCUGAUCUUCAGCGACGGCUCGCGGGUGGUGUUCCGCCUGAGCGGCACCGGCAGCAGCGGCGCCACUGUCCGCCUCUACGUCGAGAGCUACGAGCGAGAGAACACCAAGGUGGACCCGCAGGUGGCGCUGGGACCGCUGUUGGACAUCGCGCUCACCGUCAGCAAGCUGCGCGAGCACACCGGCCGCCAGGAGCCGACCGUGAUCACGUGAUGCGGCUCCGGCCUCCGCCCGCCGGGGCCGCCCGGGGCCGGCGGCGCCAAACCGUCGCCGACCGCACCGCGUAGCUGGUUAGGGGUCACACCGCUUAGCUGCCCCUGGUGCAAUGCAUGCAGUUCUCAGACGCUGGCACGGACGCAGUCCAUAAGUUGUCGCUCUCAGGUCCACCUGUUCCCCGCUGGGAUGUUAUCGAGGCUAGAUGGCGCGCGCUGUUCCACUCGGUUGUAUUUGAUCGAAAUCGUUGAUGUGGGCCACUGAUGUUGGGUCGGUUGUUCUCCUUUGGUGUUAACAGUGAGCUAUUAACAUACGUGAUACCGGCAUUUGUUGUUCCGGGUUUCUAGUUUAGCACGGGCUUCAAGGUCAAAUACAAAACGUUUUAUUAG